UGUGUGUGUGUGUCGGACAGAAUGCUUCUGGCAGCAGCUUUUCACACUCCAGCGAGCAGCAGCAGAAACAGACGGACACCUCGGAGUGGAAGAUAAAUCCUCCUCCUCCUCUCCUCCUCCUCCUCCUCCUCCUCUUCAUCAGCCUCUGCUCCUCUUCCUCCUCAGCUGGCUGCUGCUGGAGGCUCCCGGAUGCGCUGAAGCGGGAGGACGCCGUUUCUCCUCCUGCAGCAGCUCCGGAUACAGACCGGAGCGGAGCGGCGCGGAGCGGAGGGAGGACCAGUGGAUGGAGAGAGGCGCCUGAAGAAGAAGAAGAAGAAGAAGAAGAAGAAGGGAGAGCGGUGGAGUUGGUCUACCCCCCCUCCUCCCUUUCCUCCUCCUCCUCCUCCUCCUCCUCCUCCUUCCUCCCUACUGCACCAAAAGAAAACUCCGGGCUGGCUGCAGCACCAUGUCCUCCGCUCAGAGUGGAGAUAUAUCAGGCUACCAUCUGAGCGUGGUGCGGGACCCCCCCGGCUGGGAGGUGGGCCUCUACCUGGUGGGCUUCCUGCUGCUGCUGGCCGUGGCCGGCCUCAACAUCUGGAAGCUCUGGAAGUCUGGGACCUUCCCCGCUCCGUCCCCCUUCCCCAACUUCGACUACCGGUACCUGCAGGAGAAAUAUGGGACGUCCUUCUCAGAAGUCAGACAGAAGCGCGUGGCGGCCAACAACCACCGGCGGACGUCGACCACGUCGAGCCGUAAGCCCAGCCUGGCCCUGGGGGACACCCCGGACGGCUUCAGGGAGCUGGGCCAGCUGGAGCUGAUGAGCCGGGAGCUGGACCCGACGGGCCUCCACCAGCUCAACCGCUCCAUCUCCACCGACUCGCUCAGCUCCAUCUCCUCCAUCGCCAACAACUUCGGCCACGACUACACGGUGGGCCAGCUGGAGGUCACGCUGGAGUUCGAGGCGUCCCGCCACCCGGGCCACGGGACCGGGCUGCUCCACGUCACCCUGCACCAGGGCAAAGACCUGCUGGAGCGGGAGGAGGGGGACUACCCCGGCUGCUUCAUCAGGGUCUCUCUGGGGCCCGAGGAGCUCAACGUGGGCGUCACCAGGGUCCAGGCAAACGCCUUCACGGUGAUGUUUGACGAGCACUUCUCCAUCCCCGUGGACUCGUCCUCGCUGGAGGAGGUCAGCCUGCGCUGCGCUGCGUUCGGGAUCGACGCCGAGGAGAGAAACAUCAGCGCCGGCGUGGCGGAUCUGAAGCUGUCGGACCUGGACCUGACCAUCCGCCCCUUCAACGCCUGGCUCUACCUGCAGGACGUCAACAAGGCUGUAGAUGCGGUGGGGGAGAUCCUCUUGUCUCUGAGUUAUCUGCCGACAGCAGAACGUCUCACCGUCGUCGUGGCGAAGUGUAAGAACCUGGUGUGGACCAACAGCAAGAACACUGCAGAUCCGUUUGUUAAAGUUUAUCUGCUGCAAGACGGCAGAAAGAUCAGCAAGAAGAAGACGUCGACCAAGAGGGACGACACCAACCCCAUCUUCAACGAGGCCAUGAUCUUCUCGGUGCCCUCCAUCGUCCUGCAGGAACUCUCUCUGAGGGUGACGGUUGCCGAGGCGACAGACGACGGGCGCGGUGAGAACCUGGGUCAUGUGAUCAUCGGCCCCGAGGCCAGCGGGAUGGGCAUCACCCACUGGAACCAGAUGUUGGCCACGCUGAGGAAACCCGUCUCCAUGUGGCACCCGCUGCGCCGGAUCUAGACCUCCCAGUCCUCCUAGUCCUCCAAUCCUCCGAGUCCUC